AUGACCAUCAACAAUAAUUGCAACGUUGAUGCCCAGGACGUGACAAUGGGGUUGAAAAUGAAUGGAACCAGUACGAACGGGCAUUCAACGAACGGUGUGGAUGCGAAAGGCCCAUUACCCGACACCAACGGCAUAAAUGGUGUUUCUGCUGAUGCGAUCCCUUGCAAUGGCCAAAUCCCCAUUGCAAUUUGCGGUAUGGCAUGUCGCCUACCCGGUGGCCUAACGACGCCUGAAGAAUUCUGGAAUUUCCUCCUGGCAAAAAAAGAUGGUCGAUGUCGUGUCCCAGAGUCAAGAUAUAACAUCAACUCGUACUACUCGGAUGUUAAACAGCCGGGUACUGUCUCAACAGAGUAUGGAUACUUUCUAGAUGAAAACACCGAUAUCGCUGCACUGGAUAUGUCCUUUUUCACCAUGACACGCACAGAGGUAGAGCGAGCCGAUCCUCAGCAACGACUGAUGCUAGAAGUAGCAAGAGAAGCAUUUGAGGAUGCGGGUGUGACAAACUGGAGAGGCAAGACUAUUGGUACUUACAUUGGCAAUUUUGGGGAGGAUUGGCUGGAGAUGCUUGGAAAGGAGACUCAGCCAUGGGGGAUACAUCGUAUCUCUGGCUCAGGAGACUUUGUUGUGGCCAACCGCCUAUCUUAUGAGUUCGAUUUACAAGGACCAAGCAUGACUAUUCGCACGGCUUGUUCUUCCGCUUUGGUGGCAUUGAAUGAAGCCUGCGCUGCUAUUAGCAGAGGUGACUGUGAAUCUGCACUAGUAGGGGGUGUCAAUCUCAUUCUUGCACCGGGGAUGUCAAUGGCGAUGCAGGAACAGGGGGUCCUAUCCAAGGACGGUUCAUGCAAGACUUUCUCUGCUGAUGCUAACGGGUACGCCCGUGGAGAAGCGGUUACAGCGGUUUUCAUCAAACCGUUAGCAGAUGCCCUUAGAGAUGGCAACCCAAUUCGAGCUGUCGUGAGAGCCACAUCCCAUAACGCGGAUGGGAAGACUCCAACGCUGUCACAGCCUAGCACUGAUGCACAAGAAGCUCUUAUAAGGAGAGCAUAUGAGCUGGGGGGUAUCAAUAACUACGCGGAAACCGCCAUGGUCGAAUGCCACGGGACGGGAACGCCCACUGGGGACCCUAUUGAAGCGAAAGCGGUCGCCAGAGUUUUUGGGGAGAAAGGAGUUCACAUAGGAUCAGUCAAGCCAAAUCUCGGGCACACUGAAGCGGCAUCCGGCUUGGUAUCACUCCUGAAGAUGGUGAAAGCACUCGAACACCGUAUAAUCCCUCCAAACAUCAAAUUCACUAGUCCUAAUCCAAACAUCCCGUUUGUGGAUUGCAAACUCACAGUGCCCACGGAGCCAACUCCGUGGCCAGAAGACAGACUCGAACGGGUCAGUGUCAAUUCAUUCGGGAUCGGUGGUGCAAAUGCCCAUGUUAUCCUAGAAUCUGCCGCUGCCCACAAUAUCCCGACUCCGGUUUAUGAAACUCCGGAGACACCCCAGCUUCUACUAUUCACAGCAAAUUCGCCAAAGUCGAUCACACAGCUAAUCGACAAUUACAAAUCAUGGAUUGAGGAGAAUCCAGACAAAGUGGGUGAUUUGGCCUACACUUUGGCGAGGAGGAGGGAGCACUUACCGCACAGAGCAUUUGCAAUUGUCAGUAAUGGUGUCGUUGACAGUGUUUCGCAGCCUACAAGAUCAAAGUCAGCGAAUCCGCCGAGUGUUGUGAUGGUUUUUACUGGUCAGGGCGCCCAAUGGCCCCAGAUGGGACGAGAGUUGCUUCGAUCGAAUGAAGUCUUCAAGUCUAGCAUCAGAGCUCUCGAUCAAUACCUACAGACCAUUGACGCUGAGAAACCUCAAUAUACAAUCGAGGAAGAGCUCAAGAGACCGGGAAAGAAGAGCCGACUGUCUUUGGCCGAAUUUUCCCAACCACUUUGCACUGCAAUUCAGAUUGCACUGGUAGAUACUCUCAAAUCAGUAGGGGUUGUCCCAGAUGCAGUCGUGGGUCAUUCUAGUGGUGAAAUUGCUGCAGCAUACGCCUCUGGAGCUCUUACUGCUAAAGAGGCUAUCACUGCUGCCCACCAUCGUGGGGCUGUUACGGGUAGGCAGAAGCGACCAGGAACGAUGGCAGCCAUUGGACUGAGUUGGGGAGAGACUGAAAAGUACCUCGUCCCGAAUGUAACAAUCGCUUGUGAUAACUCUCCCAAGAGCGUUACGAUUUCGGGAGACGUUGAUGCUGUAAAAUCGGUUAUUGCUACUAUCAAGGAGGAACAGCCGCAGACACUGGGUAGGUUGCUCCAGGUUGAUAAAGCCUACCAUUCAUACCAUAUGAAAGAGAUCGGGGAGUAUUACCAGUUCUUAAUCGGCGAGGAAAUGAUAAGCAGGGCCCCAUCAGCGCUCUUCUUCUCGAGUGUGACUGGCCAUCUCCUGGACACAGAGCAAACAAUUGGUUCAAAAUAUUGGCAAGAUAACUUGGAAUCGCCAGUUCGAUUUAGAGAGGCCGUUAUGGCCAUUUUAAAGCACGACAUUGGCAAGAAUUCAGUCUUCCUUGAGGUCGGGCCUCAUGGAGCUCUUGCAGGACCACUGAGACAAAUAUUCACUCAAGCCUCGUCUUCUGCUCCUUAUAUCUCGACCAUGACACGGAACCAAGAUUGUACUGCAUCUUUCCUGGCCGCUAUUGGCGCACUCCACUCACUCAAUGUUGGUAUUGAUUUGAAGUCCCUCUUUCCUACAGGCUCUUGUCUUCCAGAUCUCCCCCGAUACCCAUGGAACCAUGAAGGGAGUUACUGGUACGAAACGCGCCUGAGCAAGGAAUGGCGCAAUCGCAAACACCCAUACCAUAAUUUACUUGGUGCUAGGGUAGCUGAAAGUAGUGAUAGUGAGCCUGUGUGGCGUAACUUAUUCCAUGUCACAAACACACCAUGGAUCCGUGACCACAGGGUUGCAGAAAACAUUGUUUUCCCAUUCUGUGGCUACAUUGCCCUGGCUGGAGAGGCCAUCAGGCAACUGACCGAUAUCGAGGAGGGAUUCAGUGUUCGAAACAUCCUUGUCAGCACAGCUCUAGUGCUAAACGAAGGAAAGCCGACGGAAAUAAUGGCCUCUUUUCGCCCCCACCGCCUGACGAACUCCUUGAAUAGCGCAUGGUGGGAGUUUACAGUCACAGCUUAUAACGGGCGUAACUGGACAAAGCAUUGCACUGGAGAAGUCUCCGCUCUUUCAACAGCGCUCGGGCAGGCUCAGAACCCUGAUACCCUACCCCGAAAGCUUAACGUUAGAAAAUGGUACGAGAAAAUGAGCAAGGGUGGCCUGGAUCUGGGAGGGUCAUUCCAGACACUCGACACGAUAACGACUUCGACUUCGACUUCGACUUCACAUCAACAGGCAGUGGGUAACAUUGUCAAUGGAAGGCAAGGAGAUGAGGCUAACUACCACAUCCACCCUACUGUGCUUGACGGGACCCUCCAAAUUCUUGGAGCUGCGGCAGUCAAUGGAUAUGCGCGCAAAACUAAGACCUGGCUCCCAACCAGCAUCGAUAAAAUUAGUGUCAACAGGUGCAUGUCGGAUGUAGUCACUAGCGUUUCAGCUAAGCUAUCCAGUAAUUUUUCGGUCAUUGGGGAUGGUCGUUGCACAUCUGGUGGCAUGACGGUCGUGGAUGCCAUCGGCAUUCGAAUGUCACUCGCAGAUGGCGCCGGUGCAUCCGAGCUUCCAGACGCACACGCAGCAUCGAGGUGUAAAUGGAGGCCUGACAUCGAUUUCUUGGAUAUGAAUGAGCUCAUACAUGCACCCGCCGGCCGUACGGACCACCUUCGCCUACUGGAAGAGCUUGGGGACAUAUGCUUGCUAUUGUCCCAACAGAGCUUUUCCGAAUCUCCAAGAAGCCCUAUGCUGCCCCAUUUAUCGAAAUACGUGGCUUGGGUCCAGGCUCAAUCCACUUCAAUAGUUACCAGGUUACCCUGGACUUGGACAGGCCUUGACAAUGAGGCUAUCUCUGCCCGAAUCGAAGGUAUAAUUAGUCGGCUAGCGGACACAGCCGCAGCUCCAGUCGCCAGUAUCAUCCGCCAGAUUUGCACAAAUAUGGAUUCUUUCCUCUCUGGGGAGAGCUUCGGGAGUGGUUUCUCAGAUGGAAUGCUCCUACCUGUCUAUGAAUUUAUCGGACAACUAGACCGAACGGAAUUUAUUCGGCAUCUGGGUCAUUCCAAGCCCAACCUCCGAAUUUUAGAGAUUGGAGCCGGAAAGGGUGUGUCGCUGCAUCAUUCUAUUGUCGACGAAUUGACUCGUCCCGAUGGUGAGAUUCUCUGCUCCAAGUACACCAUAACUAGCCCUGGGUAUGUUGUGAAAACGACUCUAGAGAAGCUAUUUCCAAAUAUGGAAUUUGCGAGCUUCGAUAUAAGCAAGGAUCCCUUCGACCAGGGGUUUGAAGACGUGGGAUAUGAUCUCAUUAUAGCUGUCAACGCUCUUCACGAGGCAGAAGAUGUUAUAGGGAGCCUGGCCAACAUCAAAAAGCUCCUACGUCCCGAUGGCAGAUUGUUUCUGCAAGAACUUUGUCCCUCAUCAAAAUGGGUCAAUUAUGUGCUUGGAUUACUCCCAACCUGGUGGUCAAAUGUUGCUAACGAGCCGGCUGGGACACUUCGUUUGGGCAAAGAAGGGUGGAUUUCAAAACUCAGUGCUGCAGAAUUUGGCAAUAUUGAGGCCGUAACCCUGGAUGCAGACAAACCUCAUCAGCUUACGGUCACAAUGGCCGUAAGGCGGUCCUGCUCGACGCCCGCGAAAAAGAUCACAGCUCUGCUUGGCGAUGAAGGACCUGCUGUUACUCAAAUCUUGGACCAGCUUGACAAGGAGGGCUAUCAAGUGGCCAAGUGCAAAUUGGGUGAUAUUCCGCCAGCAGGACAGGAUGUAAUUUCACUCCUGGACGUUGAGAACCCCUUUUUCCACGACAUCAAGGAAGCACAUUUUCUGUUAUUCAAGACUUUCCUCCUCGGCUUACAAGACCGCGAUGCAGGAAUGUUGUGGGUGACUCAUCUCAUUGACAUUGGCUGUAAGGAUCCGCGAUAUGCACAAAUUCUCGGCCUUUCCAGGACAAUACGUACAGAGCAGCUGGCCGAUUUAGCGACCUGUCAGGUCGACAGCUUUGAGAGUAACAAUUCCAUUAACCAGCUUCUUCAGGUCCUAGCUAAGUUUCAAGCACGGAAUGGGGACGAAGAGCUCAAUCCAGACUUCGAAUGGGCCAUUUUUAACGAACGGGUCCAAGUCGCACGUUUUCAUCCUUUCGUCCUGGCAGAUGAACUCUUGGUUGCAGAGGGAGCGAAUGAGAUGGCUACUUUAAAUGUUCGUACACCCGGGCGAGUCAACAGUCUGCACUAUGCACGUCAUGAACGGAAGGCGCUUGAAAGCGACGAAGUGGAGAUCCAGGUAUAUUCAGCCGGUUUGAACUUUAGGGAUGUUUUGGUUGCACUGGGUAUUGUUGAACUUCCGGUCCGUCUCUUCGGCAUCGAGGCCGCUGGAAUCGUCACUCGUGUGGGAACAGAUGUUAGCCCUAAUGACCUUCAAAUUGGCGAUCGUGUCGUUUGCUUUUGCAGAAAAGAUGCCUUCUCCACAUACACAACGACCCUGGCGGCUGUUUGCGUGCGAAUUCCAGAUAGCCUCAGCUUCAAUCAAGCGGGAACGAUGCUUAUUCCAUAUUUCACAGCAAUCCACUCUAUGAUCAAUGUCGGACGUGUUAGCAAAGGCCAGUCCGUCCUAAUACAUAGCGCAUGUGGUGGAGUCGGUCUGGCAGCUAUCCAAGUUGCCCAAAUGCUCGAGGCUGAAGUAUAUGCCACAGUUGGAAGUGAGAAGAAGGUUGAGUAUUUGAUGGAAAACUAUCACAUCCCACGGAACCGAAUCUUCAAUUCCCGAGACAAAACAUUCGUGGAUGGUGUCAUGCGUGAAACGGAAGGUCGUGGCGUGGACUUUAUUCUCAAUUCCCUCUCAGGCGAACUCUUACACGCUACAUGGAGCUGUGUUGCUGAAUUUGGAACAAUGUUGGAAAUAGGGAAGCGGGAUUUAAUCGGUGAUGGCAAACUCGAUAUGAAACCCUUCUUAGCGAACCGCAGCUAUUGUUGUGUCGACAUUGACGGGCUGUGGAAAAGGAUUCAUAUAGCCAGGGCCUUGAUAUUUUCCAUACUGGAAUUUUAUAACAAGGGACACAUCUCCCCUCUGCCCACCACUAUAUUCCCAGCAUCCCAGACGCAAGACGCGUUUCGAUUCAUGGAAAAGGGCCAGCACAUUGGACGUGUCGGUGUUUCGAUGAAGCAGUCCGAGGAAGUUGAACUUGAAUUCGAAACCACCAAGAGAGCAUUGAAGAUCGCCUUUGAUGAAGAAUCCUCUUACUUAAUGGUUGGGGGCCUUGGAGGUAUAGGUCGAGCCGUGUCUACCUGGAUGGUCGACCACGGCGUCCGCGAGCUUAUCUAUCUAUCCCGCAGUGCUGGGCGUACCAGUAAAGAUGACGAUUUUGUCCGCGAACUCCAGAGCAUGGGUUGUGCCGUUAAACUUGUGAGCGGAGAUACCACGAAGCUCGAGGAUGUACACAGAGCCAUUGCUGCAGCGACAUACCCCAUGAAAGGUAUUGUGCAGAUGUCUAUGGUGGUCGCUAACGAAAACUUCACAGAGAUGAGUUUUGACGAGUGGAAUGCGUCGACAGCACCCAAAGUCCAGGGGACGUGGAAUCUGCACAACGCUUCUCUAGCUGCAGGCAUCGAUCUAGACUUCUUUGUGAUGUUCAGCUCGGUGUCGGGCAUUGUUGGACAAGCAGGACAGGCCAACUACGCCAGUGGAAACAGCUUCCUAGAUGCGUUUGCACAGUACCGUAACGGUCUCGGCCUUGCGGCCUCCGUUGUUGAUAUGGGGGCCGUCGAAGACGUUGGGUGGAUUUCAGAGCACAAAGGAAUGAUGGGUAAAAUGUCAAGGAGCGGCUUCAAGCCAGUUCUGGAGCAGGAGGUCAUAGACGCGAUGGCAAUAUGCAUGCUAGUUCACAACAAGCCGGGUCAUGCCGCUGAGGAAGUCCUUGCAACGGCUUCGAAAAACGCUUCGUGCUUCGUCCACAAAAACACAUUUCUUGUCGGCCUUGCAUUGCUCAUCCCGCUGCACGAUCCCAGCAACUAUGUGAUCUGGAAGCGAGACCGCCGUAUGGCCUCAUAUCAUAAUAACUCAACGAUCAGCACAGCCACAGCCUCCACAGAUAUCCUCAAGUCCUACUUGAGCAGUGCUCAAGCGGAUCCUUCCAUUCUCAAAUCGUCGGAAGCAGCAAAGCUUUUUGCCGUCGAAAUCGGUAAAAAACUCUUCGACUUACUGCUCAAACCCCAGGACGAGAUUAAUACAAGCUCGCCCUUGCUCGACCUUGGCCUUGACUCUCUGGUGGCUCUCGAGUUGCGUGCUUGGAUCAAGCAGAUUUUCUCUUUCGACCUUCCUAUACUGGAAAUGAUGAGUAUUGGAUCACUCGAGAUUCUCGGUCAAUAUGCGGCGAACGAGGUUUACAGGACUGCCACGGAAAAUAACGAAGGCUAG